UAGCUGGGAACCUAAUAAUAUUAAGUGUAUUUAUAAAAUAGGAAUCAAAGUAACACUUUACGAACCGUUAUAUGAAUUGAAUCGUAGUGCGUGGUCAAUUAUGCCCAAACGAAAGCUUCCAUAUUUUAUAACUUUAACCGUUGGAACAGAUAUUUUUAUAGUAAUGUUACAAUAUUAUUUUUUAACAAUGAUGGACUUAUUUAAAAGUAAAAAUUGAGUACUUAAACAUAAGUCAAACGCUAUAUUAUAUAAGAAAAUACAAUUAUUUAAUAUUUCGUCGGCCUUUUUUAUUUACAGUCCUAAAUACAGAAAAUCUAGCAGCUACCGAGUAUAACGUCGCUUAAAUCACAGUCGAGGUUUUCCAACCACUAACAGAGGCCCGAAAUUUACAACACUUAACAUAACCUCACAUCCGCACCCGCCUUUUAUUCUAGAAACGAGAUUUAUGCGUUAACACGUUACCCACAAGUUUGUCGUAUAUUGUAGCUUAUCAAUACAGGCUCCAGCCAGGCACAUUAGCGACAUCAUUGAAAAAUCCGGCUGGAAGGAUGGAAGAAUCGGCGUCUCACCAGGACACCGUCGAAACGACGAGCGAUUUCAUCGGCAGGCUAAGACGAAGCAACCGGAAUCGAGAAUCGUACGACGAGAUCAGCGAUCUCGAGGCGAAGCUGCGACGAGCUUACAUCGCGAAGGAGCUCGAGACGCAGCUUUUAGAGCGGCGCACGGAGCGCUACAUCGAACACGUACGCAAACAGGCGGCCUCGAAGCUGAUGUUGCUGGAGCAACAGGCGGUCCUGGAAGAGGAUCUUCAACAGCGGGUCGCGACCCGGAAGAAAUCCGAGGAGUACCGAACGGAGCUGAGCGAGCAGAUGAGAAGAAAGCAAGAGGAAAAAGAGUGGAUGAUGCGGGAGGCCCGCAGAGAGCGGGAGAUCCUGGUCGAGGUGGACGAAAUACAGGAACAGCGUGAAAAGACAAAGGCAGAGUCGAGGAAGAUGGAGAUGAUGGAGAGCAGCAGGCGGGAACGUUUGAUACUGGAGGAAAUGAGGGAGAUUCGUCGACAGGAGCACGCGGAGGCGGAGGCGAUAAAAGCGGAAGAGGACGAACGGUACUUGAGGGAGGUGGACGAACGCGAGGAGAGGGUCAGAGUGCUCCGUCGGGAGCAAAGGGAAAAACGGGAGAAAUUUUUGCUGGAAGUCGCGAAAACGCUGACGUGUACGGAGACCCAGAAACGGGAGAGGGAGGCGCUGAUGAACGAACUGAUGACGGAGGAUUUGAGGAGAGAAUUGUUGAUCAGGGAGGAGGAAGAGAGAGUGAGGAGGAAGAGGAUGAAGGAGGAACUGGCGACUGAUUUGGAGGAGCAGAUGCUUUUUUCGGAAAGGUGCAAGUUACGGUUUGUGGAACUGGAUAAGUUGUUCGCUGAAGAGGUUAUGAGGAAGAUGAUGGAGGACGAAAGGGUAGCGAAACUCACUGCUGAAGCUAGGAGAAGAAUGCAGGCACAGUAUAGGGAAGAACUGGAUCGAUUGAUUGAAACUAGGCGAAGGAUUCGAUGGCAGGAGAUUCAGAAGAUGGAGGACGCUGCUAGGGAAGAAAAAAGGCGGGAAAAUGUUAGGUUGGAGGAGGUUAAGGAGGAAAGGAAACUGUUGCUGGAACGGCAUGUCACGAACGUUGGGGGUUUUAUUGAUAAAAGUGCUCUUACGGAAGAGGAACGGAGAAUUUUUAAUUAAAAACGGUAGAAUAUUAGGUUAAUGAUUAAAUUCCUGACAUUUUUGUUUAUUUUGACUCAAAAUUGUUUGAAUCUCGUCGUAGGGUAAUUAGAAAGCUAUUAGAAGGUAUCUAACAAAGGAUUAUUGAUCUCAAUGGUACUUAUUUUCCAUUUAUUUAGAGUUUUUAUUCAAUUUAUACACAUUUUUAUA